AUUUUAUGCCCACUCAGCCCGAGAUCAGGUGCUAUCCCGGAGAGACUGUACUCGCCUUCUUCACCGCCAAGAAUCCGUUGGACAGACCCGUCGAUGGUAUCGCCACGUAUUCGGUACAGCCGUACGAAGCGGGCAGUUAUCUAAACAAAAUCCAGUGCUUCUGCUUCGAGGAGCAGCGGCUGAACCCCAAUGAGUUGGUAGACCUCCCGGUGUUCUUCUACAUCGACCCCGAGUACGCCGACGACCCCCGCCUCGAGAACAUCAAUGAUAUCGUACUCUCCUAUACCUUCUUCGAGGCCAAGAAGGAGGGCUUCAAACUGCCAUCGUUUGCGUCAUCCACGGCCACAUCCAGCGCUGUCCCGCCACCGGUUCCGCCCCCAGCGUCGAUCCCGACCCCUCCCCUGACACCCGGUGGCCAACAAUUAGCCCAACAGUUAUAGCCGUGAAUGUUAUGUGAAGC